AUGAAUCGCGUGAAAAAAGAUGUAGUCAAAUAUAUUUCACAUCCGAUUAUUUCUAAAAAUUCAGAUUUAGUCUAUAUAAAUGAUUGGGGUCAUACUAUCAUUAUAUCCGCUCAUCAAUUAAACGAAUAUUAUCAUACACUAUUAGGAAAUCCAUUUUUACGUCUAAAAUAUUUAGAUCCAAUAACACAACAAUAUAAUUUUUAUCGAACACGUGGUAAAAUAAGAUCUCAUUACAUAAUUUCUAGAAUUUUUUAUGUAAUUUUAUUUUUCGUAGGUAUUAUGAGUUACAUCAUCACAUAUUAUGUUAGAAAAGGUUCUUUAACAACUGAUACCAAUUAUCCACCAGAAAUAUUAUAUGAUGAACUCGUAUUUUUUGGUUUUAAUCAAUUAAUGAUCUAUCAAAUUAUUUCGAAUAUGAUCAAUAAUAUUAUUUACAUACCAAGUGGUAAAUAUCGUCGUUGUUUAUGGUUUAUUUAUGAUUAUCAUGAACAUAUCAAUAUUCAUCAUUUUUCACUUAGUCAUAUUCUUUCGACAUUAGUUUCAAUAUGUUCAGUUAUAUCUUCAUUGGUUCUAAUAGAAUUACAAUGUAUUCAUGAAAAAUUAAAUGAUAAAUCAUCAUCAAUAUUAAAAAUAUUUACUACAUUAUCAAUGACACUAAUCGCUGAAAUUUUCAUUUUAGUCUAUUUUAAUAUGGAAGUAUUAAUACGUACUCUAAUACGUCCUUUAAAAUUUCUUAAAUUUAAUAUAACACCGUUAUUAUUUCUCAUCAAUUUAUGUGCUAUAUUUCCAUUUGCUUUGUUUCUAUUUAUUUCACAUUAUUCGAAUUUACGUCGUAUAGUCAUGCCCGAAUGGUUGUACAUAUUUAUUGUAUUUCAAAUGGGAUGUCGAAUAUUUCGUUUAAUUCAAUUUUCUACACAUGGUUAUGAACUUGUUAGAGAAUUAACCUAUCGUUCAAGUGUCUAUUUUUGUCCAAUGAGAUCCAUGACAUUAAUUGUAAUUAUUUUUGCUUUGUUCGUAUUAGCCUGUGAACAAGUUCCACAUUCUGAAACAUUUUAUUUCUUUUCAAAUAAAACCAAAAUACGAUCAUUUAUUGAAAUUAUUUGGUUAUCAAUGAAUUCGUAUACGUCAUUGGGUGAAGGUGAUAUACGACCAACAAGUCUUGGUGGAAUGAUAGUAGAAUUUUUUAAUUGUUUUUUGGGUAUAAUAACGAUACCACAAUUUGCACAAUUGACAUUUUUAGUAGCAUCAAAUACAAUUGAUCGAAGAGCAAAUUGUGAUAAAAAAUUAAACGAGAAACACUUAGUUUUGAUUGAAGAUGAAUACUCGAAUAGAGCCAUUGCACAAAUUGAAAAAGAUUCUUACUUACCAGAAGUAUUAAUUGAAGCAGAAGCCGAUUAA